GGGAAGAGGGGGAUGAGAGGAGAAAGGAGAGCAGAGUCAGUGUGUUUCGCCACGGAACUGCAGCAUAUUGAAUUCUGAGCGCUCUUGAGGAACACACACAGCUGCACUGAGCCGCCUGAGCAUUCAUGACAGCGCCUGCAGUGAAAUCAUGGAGCUUGGCAUUGCUGAGCUGCAGCAUGCUGCUCUCCCCCUUCAUGACUGCGUACUCAGCUGACUCAGACAAGGGCAGAAGGAAAGUAGUGCAUGUUCUGGAGGAUGAUACAGGAGCAGUGAUUGUACAGACGGCACCGGGGAAAGUAAUCACGCAUCGAGGUGGCACCAUUACUUUGCCCUGCCGAUACCACCAUGAGCCCGAGAGCGUGGAUCCGGAACGAAUCAGAAUUAAAUGGACCAAAGUGACGGCUGAGUUCCAGUUUGAGGAUGUGUUCGUGGCACUGGGCCGGCAGCAGAGGACGUUCGGGCCGUACCGAGGGCGUGUGGAACUGGAACAGGCAGGACCGGGAGACGCCUCCAUCAUCAUCCACAACGUCACGCUGCAGGACUACGGCCGCUACGAGUGUGAGGUCACCAACGACAUGGAGGACGACACGGGAUUUGUCAAUCUAGACCUUGAAGGUGUCGUCUUUCCGUACUACCCUCGCCUGGGCCGCUACAAGUUAAACUUUGAUGAAGCCGAAGAUGCCUGCAAGCAACAGGACGCCAUAUUGGCCUCUCAUGCGCAGCUGCACAAGGCCUGGAGAGAGGGUUUAGACUGGUGUAAUGCGGGCUGGUUGGAGGACGGCUCAGUGCAGUAUCCCAUCUCUCACCCUCGGGAUCAGUGCGGCCGCAAAGACACUCCUGCUGGAGUUCGCAACUACGGCUUUCGCCACAAAGACAGUGAACGCUACGAUGCCUUUUGCUUUACCUCGAAACUCAAUGGUCAGGUGUACUUCCUAAAGCGCUUUAAGAAGGUGAAUUAUGGCGAGGCAGUGAAGGCGUGUCAGCGUGAUGGUGCCGUGAUGGCGAAGGUGGGUCAGCUCUACGCAGCCUGGAAGUUCCAGCUGCUGGACCGUUGUGAAGCAGGCUGGGUGGACGAUGCCAGCGUGCGCUACCCCAUUGUGAACCCCCGUGCUCGCUGCGGAGGCUCUGAUCCUGGCGUCCGAACCCUGGGAUUCCCCGAAAAAAAGUUUCGCCUCUUUGGGGUGUACUGCUUCCGCAAGGAUUCGGGCAGCACCAAAUCCCAGGCCACAGCGCUGCCGGUUCCCAGCACAGCAUCGUUCUCUAGGAGCAUUUGAGUUGAGGAGCAUUUCCAGUUGCUCUGCAUUACUAGCACAGUCUUUGUAGCGUUGCCAAAUCGACUGAUGCUUUAUUAGUAACUAUGCUAGCUGAAGGGUGUCUUUAAGCCAACAUUAUUUCCUUCGCUUGCCUGAAAUGAGCUGUCAGUCUGAUCUGAAGAGAAAAUUACUCUCAUGUCCUUUACGACGUGCAAGCUAAACUCAUUAGCAUCUUUCUUUUAGUGUACUUUGUAUGUAGCAUGGACAGCUAAUGAGGAUUUGUUUUUCUGUUGUAAGUCAUGAAGAGAAAUGAUUGGGAGGAAGUAAAGACACUGUGCUAAUUAGAACCAGAGUCAGUCAGAGAGCUAAUUUAGACUCACAUCAUAAUAAAUGUGGGCCAUCAGGCAGAGAAGAUCGUGGCACGGGGAUGAUGUCAGAGAGAAAAGUGAAGAGCUCUGCUUGGCAUGGCAUGCUCUUAGAGUGGCAGGAAUAUACAUGCCAUUCACUAAGCACACAACAGCCAGCCGUGGAAACAGUUACCUUCCACAAGAAUCAUUUAGAUGCUCAUAACGCCUGAUAGCAAUAACUCAAUACGCAUGUUUUUUGUUAGUUGAAAAUACCAGCAAGUGAGUUUUAAUGUUGCUGAUGCUUUUCUACCUCAUUAGUGAUCACAAAGAUUGCACUAUUCAUCAAACUGUGAUGUGGCACAAUAUUACCUUCAGUAAUGCACUGUAGAUUAAAGAGAUUUUACCAGUUCCUCUACAUCUCUCUGCUUUUUGUCUGCAUUCUGACCCGAGAUCUCAGUCAGAAAGAAGGAACACUAAUCCGAUGUCAGUAACCAUGACGAUGGUCGAAUCUGCCUCCAGAAGACUACCUCAUCUACUUGGCUUGGUUUUCCUGGAAGCAUUUCCUGGCGAUUCAGAGUCGAGUGUGUGGCCACCUGCAUGAUGCCUGAGAAAAUAUUAGUUUGAUGGCAAUAACAAUAAAUCUGCAUGUUCACAUUGUAAUAGUGGUUUUAGUGAAGAACUCGACAUAAAUAGGCAAUAAUUAAUGAUAUACUUUAUUAAAGCUAGUUUUAUUUAUUUAAUAUGUAAUUCCACAGUCAAUCUGAGGUCUGUAAUGUGUUCACUGGUUAUUAGGGGUGUCACGCUACACAAAAUUCACGGUUCGGUUCAAUUUCAGUUUAAAAGCAAAGCAUAAAAUUGUUGUUUUUUUAUUAUGCAGUUUAUUAUGAUUAACAUUUGUAAACAUCAACAAUUUACCUUUUUUUUUUAACUAUAAUAAGUAAAAUGCCUAACAUGCGAUCCGUCCCGGAAACGAGAUUCCUUCCGUGCAUGAGUUUGGGGUCGUUUUGGUUUAUUUUGAAUGGAUCUUUAAUGUGACUCAGAUGAACGAGUCGUCGUAAAGAGUAAUUCGUUCUUUUUCUACUGGACGCGCAUGAGCAAAGAAUUGCAAAAUCUCUGUAGAUUCUGGACAGGAAACAGAAUUGAGUGAUUUAUCUCUCGACUCUUCUGGUCCGAUUCAUUAAUUUUUUAUCACGUGACUCUCACAGAUGCUACACAAUACAAUUGAUAUGAUUUUUUGGUCCAAAUCUUGACAUUAUUGUUGCAAUAAUUAUGGAAGUCACGUGACAAAAGAACUAAAGACUCAGACUAUAAGAUAAAAAGGUGAAGCUCCUCAUUUUGUUUAUUAUAAUUUGUCUUUAAAGCAGCCUUGUCCAGUGUAUGUAGACGUGCUGGAGGAUCUACUUAUUGAAAAUAACAUUUUAAUUUAUUCCUAAUCAAAUUAACAAAAUGAUUAAAAAAUGAUUUGUUUAUUUUGAUGAAAGAGAUUUAAAGAAGUGAGUCAGUAAAAUGAUCUAAUCUUCCAUCACUAUUGCACACGUGAGAAAACUCAUUUUUAGUUUCCAGUCAAUACCAAUGUGUUUAUGAUCUACUGAUUCACCCGAUAUACCAAAAAGUGCAUUGGAUUCAUUUGAUUUAUUCGAUUUUAUUAUUAUAUAUUUUGUUUUUGUGAAUGUGCGAUGGAGAUUAAACAAACUUGCAGUCUGACACUAAUUAUGUAACACACCAGAGAAGCUCUGACCAGAGAUCUGACCUCACACCAGGACCUGAGAGUGAGGGAACAUCUGCUGAGAGAAAAACAAUGAGAGCAUGAGCUGAUGUGAUAUUAUUCCUGAGUGUGUGAUUUUCAUUUCAUUUGAUCUUCACGUUUCCUUUCCUCAGCAUUAAGUGAAAUUAGC